AGCUCGAUAUACGGCUAAGGAACCCCACAUCUACACCGCGACAAUGGCUUCAGGAUACGGACUUGCUGGCGGCCCCUCGCGCUGCUUCCCCUUCUGGCAAGAAGUCCUCGCGUGCUACGUGACCAACACCAACGCCGAGGACGACAGCGGCAAGGCCAAAUGCGUGCCCGUGCUUGAGGACUACUACGAGUGCCUGCACCACAAGAAGGAGGCGGCCCGCACCCUCGCCCUCCAAGCCGCGUACCGCAAGGCCGAAGCAAACAUAAAGCGCGACGACGCGCCCUCGGCAGGCGAAAUACGACGAUUAGGGGUGCUGGACGCGCCGCUGGAGGAGAAGAACCUCAAAGCGAGCAAGUGGUUCCCGCACAAGGAGAUCAACUAGAACCCAGCGCGCCAGCUUUGCGAGAACAAUGAGACUAUGGGAAGCCGAGUCGAGAGCGUGUCGUGCUGUGUAUACCAAUCACACGAACCGAGUGGCAGGUGUGCAGAAGUAGAAUCAGGGGACGGGAGAUGAAUAUGCAAA